CAACAAUGGAAAUAAAUGCGAUAAGUCUCUCGCGAUUGCUCAAGGUAUUCGCCGGUGGAGUUUACCCUGCAAGCUGCAGCAACUGAUACGUCAGAAUAUUUGAGUAAAUAAUUGCCCAACUAAUAACGUAAUAUUCUUAAUGAGUAUUGGAUAAUUCUAAUGAUCUCUUAAAUAACGAACGUCAUUGGAGUAGUCCACAGAAUCGUAUAUCCUUACAAUCAUCAGUGAAAUCUCCAGGAUCUUGCGAUGAUUGAUAUCAUGUCACGGAUAAGAUUAUAACAGCGAAUAUAUAAAAACUACUGAACCAGUGAUUCCUCCUGAGUCUGCCGACAGGAAAAUCUCUUUACAAUCAAUAUGAUAUUGCGCAUAUCAAUUGCACUUUGUCUCAUAGUAGUGGUGCAAUCAAAGUGGGAUAAGGAUAUAUACAUUAUCACCAAUUACCCAGAGAAGCCUGAAGUUAUUUCGAGUGGUUCCACAGGCUCUUUCAUCCCAACGUGGGAUAGUUUAGAUGCCAGAAAAAAUCCUGAUUGGUUCGACGAUGCAAAAUUCGGAAUUUUUAUUCACUGGGGAGUCUUUAGUGUCCCCAGUUUCGGCUCCGAGUGGUUCUGGACUAAUUGGAAAGGGGGUUCGUCCAUACUCCAGAGCUUUAUGAAGAAAAAUUACAAGCCAGAUUUUUCAUAUCAGGAUUUUGCUAGUGAUUUUACUGCGGAAUUUUACAAUGCCACUGAGUGGGUCGAUCUAUUUGACGCAGCUGGAGCUAAGUACAUUGUUCUGACUAGUAAACAUCAUGAGGGAUAUACCCUCUGGCCCUCGAAGUACUCUUUCAGCUGGAAUUCGAUGGACGUUGGACCGCAUCGGGAUUUAGUUGGUGAAUUGGCAGAUGCUGUGAGAACAAAAAAAGACAUGCAUUUUGGCCUUUACCAUUCUUUAUAUGAAUGGUUCAAUCCACUGUACUUAAUAGACAAGUCAAACAACUUCAGUACUGAUAUUUUCGUUCAGAAUAAAGUACUCCCAGAGAUCUACGAGAUAGUUGAGAAGUACAAGCCUGAGGUACUCUGGAGCGAUGGCGACUGGGAAGCUCCAGAGGUCUAUUGGAAGUCCAAAGAAUUUUUGGUCUGGUUGUUUAACGAGAGCCCAGUCAGAGACACUGUCCUCGUGAAUGAUCGAUGGGGAAUUGGCACUGGCUGUAAACACGGGAGUUUCUAUAAUUGUUUCGACAGAUUUAAUCCAGGAAAACUCUUGAAACACAAGUGGGAGAAUGCAAUGACAAUUGACAGAAAGUCAUGGGGAUUCCGACGAAAUGCUCCUCUUGAGGAUUAUUAUACCACUGAAGCGUUAAUCAAGGAGUUAGUGAGCACUGUGAGUUGUGGAGGAAAUAUUCUGAUGAAUGUGGGACCCUCGAAGGAUGGAGUCAUUUCCCCCAUCUUUCAAGAUCGACUCAGAGCAAUCGGUCGCUGGUUAAAGACCAAUGGUGAGGCGAUUUACAAAACUCGACCGUGGACAACUCAGAAUGAUACAAUAACUGGUGAUACUUGGUACACAAUGAGUGCAGAUCGUUUGAACCUGUACGCCAUCAUCCUUACGUGGCCACAAGAUAAUGUUCUCAAGCUUGGUGCACUACUUCCUAAGAAAAAAUAUUUAUUCUCCAUGCUUGGACUUUCUGAGAGCCUGAAGUGGACACCAAAGGAGGACAGAAUCGAUGUGUCUUUACCUACAAAUGCUUACAGAGGGGAACCAGGAUGGGUCCUGAAAAUCAAGGGGCUAGCAUCAAGAGAUAUACAUUAAAAAUAACAAAGCAUUCUGAAUUUUGUAUUUUUUUUAUUAAAAGCGUCUUCGAGACUACUCAUUUCCUCUAUAAAGCCCAUUUUAUUAGGAAUAAA